GUUGUGAUAAACUUAUUAAAUAGAUAGCCAAUGAGCCAUGAAAGAGGCAGAGUCUGAAGUUGAGCAAUGCACAUCGCCUCUGCUGGAUGGCUCAGUGGCUUUUGGUGGAUCAAUUAAAAAUUUCGAAACUGCAUGCCAGGUGUGCGGGGACUUGGCAACAGGUAAUCACUACAACGCAAGGACAUGUGAAGGAUGCAAAGGAUUCUUCAAGCGCUCAGUUCAAUUGAAAAUGACAUACAAAUGUAAACAUCUUAACAACCAAGAUGCGCUCGACUCUGCUGAAAAACAAGAAAUCAAAUGCAAAAUAAACCGAAUUACAAGGAAUAAUUGUCAAAAAUGUCGCUUUGACAAAUGCAUUGGGAGUGGUAUGUCCGAGUCCUAUUUAAGGACUAAAAGUGUUACAUCAAAUACGCCAACCGCCAUCUUAGCUCAAUACUGUAACUUAAACCAAUCUAUAUACUCUCUCGAGAAUGAUGAUAAAAUGCUGUUAGACCAACUAGCGUCAAUUGGGGCACAAAAAAUCCCAUCGGGAACAAGUGAGCUGCCAAUCGAAGAUGCUUCCCAAAAUUUUAACUCAGAAAUGGCCGGUCUGGCAUUGUCAGCUUACGAAGAACUCAAUGAUAUCGUGCAGUGGUCACUGUUGGUACCGGGAUACUCAAAAAUACCUCAGCCAGAUCAACUGACAAUUCUCAAAACUACAUUUCCAGAUGUAAUGGCGUUCCGACUAGCUUGGAGGUCAACGCAAUAUGAAGAAAAACUAAAAUUUUCGCUGGAAAAAAUUAUUUCAAAAAAUGAUUGCGUCAGAAUAGGCUUCGGUGAAGCUGUUAUUUGCCCUUUGUUUUCUUUCGUAAAAAAUGUGAAAGAGUUGAAGAUAGACAUGCAGGAGUUCGCGAUUAUCCAGGCCAUAUUGCUGACUUUUGCAAGAUGUUCAAAUGUGCAAUCUAGCGCCCAACAAAAUGCAAGUGAAAUUCAAAAUCGAAUGAUGCAGUGCCUCAGAAGACACGUUAAGACUGCUUAUGCUUCAGAUGUUGUUCGAUACUGUAGAAUCACUCAGCUUUUAUCAGAAGUUAAAGGAGUCAGCUUGAGAAUAAUGGAUUGCUUCCUUUCGGCUGCAGUCAAUGGCUGUAUACCACUAACUGACUUUGUCGUUUCUUAUGUAACCUAAAUUUUGAGACUGAAACUAAAAAAACAACUGAA